AUGUUGGCUGCUGGGGUCCUGCUUUUAAGCCUGAGUGUGUUAACUGUGCACGGACACGACGUGAACGUGGACACCAUAUACAUCGAUUAUGGAUAUGACUACACCACCGAUUCCCCUGACAUUUUCGUAGAAGUGACUGACUGGUUGUAUGACCUUGUAGACGACACCAUGAAAAACCUUUGUAGAGGUGUCAGAUGUGGUUAUGGUGACUGUGUCGUCAACCUGAAUAAAGCUCCAUAUUACGAGUGCAAGUGCAGACCUCCAUACCAGGGCCCUGACUGCAGAUCAUUGCCAACGUCCCCCUGUGACCCCAACCCCUGCCAGAACGGAGGAUCUUGCAUCAGUGCAAACCGUCGCUUCCGUUGUGCCUGCCCUGAUGGAUACACUGGGAAAUUCUGUCAAUCUGAUCCCAAUGACUGCUAUACUGGAAACGGAGAGUCGUACCGAGGCACUGUCAGUGUCACAAAAGAAAGGGAGGAAUGUCUGGACUGGAAUUCAUUUUUCAUUCUGCGAAAUGGGCAGGAUCCUUUUGAAACAUACUCAGACUUCGAUGGACUGGAACAGAACCACUGCAGAAACCCAGACGGGGAUGACAAACCUUGGUGUUUCGUCAAAAGAAACCGCAAACUGGAGUGGGAUUAUUGCAAAGUCAGAAGGUGUUCUGAAGGUCCAGCUCCUGUGACUACACCCACACCUGUCAACCCAGAUCCAUCCGCUGCCCAGUUCUCCCAGUGUGGAAUAUCACAGCCGUCUCGCACCAGUAGGAUCUAUGGGGGCAGCAAGUCUUUCCCUGGCGCUCACCCGUGGCAGGUUUCAGUGCAGGUCAGAGCUAAAGGCUCAUCCUUUGCAUUUGGUCACGUAUGUGGCGGUAUCCUCCUUUCAUCCUGCUGGGUCCUCACAGCUGGUCAUUGCAUUUUACCUAAUAAGGAUUUCCAAGUGGUGAUGGGUGGAGUGAACAUAAACCAAGACGAAGACAUGGAUCAGACCAUCCCAGUGGUGGAAACGAUUGUCCAUGAGCAAUACAGAGAGACUCCUAAUGCCGUCUACAACGACAUCGCUCUGCUUAAACUCCAAGUUACGGAUGCGCCUUACUGUGCCAAAGAAACCCGCUUUGUGAGGUCGGUGUGUCUGCCAGACCAGAUGUUCCCCGCUGGAAAGGAGUGUGUGAUCUCUGGAUGGGGAGCCACUGAAAACCAGACCUACAGUAGCCAGCUGCUGAAUGCUCGUGUUCUCAUGAUCUCUCAAGAGCGAUGCAGAGCUCCUCAUAUCUAUGGAAGUGUUUUGGAUAACAGCAUGUUAUGUGCAGGGAUAUUACAAGGUGGCACUGACUCCUGUCAGGGUGACUCGGGUGGCCCGUUGGUGUGUGAGCAGGAUGGUAAACACUACAUUAGCGGUGUGGUGAGCUGGGGUGACGGCUGUGGUCAGCAGAACAAGCCUGGGGUCUACGCCAACGUCUACAACUUUAAGGACUGGAUCACAAGCAAGAUGAACUGAACCAUAUUUCAGCUGAAAAACAAAACUACCCUGAAUAACAUUUUUCUUUUAAUCGAACAAAAAGAACCACACUAGACUUCAGGAUUGCUUUGAAAAAAUACUUUUAUCAGCAAUAAAACCAAGCAUUUACUCCGAGCCCAGCUUUGAGUUAAAGUCACACUGUUACGAACUUACAAAGCUGAACCUGCCAGAAAAAAUGUAGGUCACACAUCAUUUGUCCUUUAGGCCUGCACUCCUCACUGAGCCUCGCUCAAAGUGCACGAGAUAAUCAGACCACAUACGUUUUGCCUGUACUUUGUUCAAUUGAAAUAACUGAAUGUGUUGCUUCUAAAGAUUAAAAAAACAAUGAAAAAACAUUUUCUCUCUGCAGUGCCGGCCAUAAACCAGUCCAGCUCCCUCUACUCUGAACAAACACGAUAUACAAAAGCCAGCAUCAUACUGUCUUUCAUGUAUUUCACACAAUACAACGUCUGUCCUGCAAAAAAACCUGCAUUCACUUUUCAUACGGUUAAUAUUUUGUUGUAAGCUCCUGUUGAACACUCAUUCAGAGGCUU